GGUUCUUGUUAAAAAUGGUAAGAGUUAAGGUUAGGGUAUGGUUAGGGUAGGGGUUAAGGUUAGAGUUUAGGGCACAGACGUCCCAAAGAUAUCGGAUAGGGCUAACCAGUACAGGGACAACAGCGCGCAUUCGUGUACUGUUUCUUUAAAUGCGUAAUUUUGCUCUGCUCAUGCUCGGAGCUUUGUCCAGGAGUUUCCCUGUCGAAAACCAGCUGUGCGAGUAUCAUCACGUAAGGAGGGGAGUCGUGUUGUUAUUCAUCGGUGAAUAUCGCUUUCUCUGACAAGGAUUACCAUUUUUUAUGCAAAUAAGCGUCCUUAUCUUCAGUGAAGGGGUCUAAACUGAAAGUGGGAAAAAGCGGAACGGAGAACGGUCAACUUGAUCUAUUUGUCCGGGUUGCUGCAUUCUCCACCGCAGCGAACAACAUCCACAACCGAUUCUUGCAAUGGAAACUGGGAUCCAGAACUAACAUCCCAGGAUCAAUCCUGUGACCUUUUAUUUUCUUCCAGUUUUUCGGGAAGCAUUAGGAUGGUGAACUUGAAAAUUGCUUGGAAAAUACUUAAUUUAGAAUACAACUUAGAAAACACGCCGAUUUUCUUUGGUUUUUAAAAUGGCUUCUUAGCCUCUGGGAAUAACGCUGUGAGCAUUCAUUAACGUUAGUUCAAGAAAGUUUAAUAGGAGUGCAUAAAGUCAGUACACAUUUGCAGGCUUUGUUGUCUGAGGAGAGAUGCUUUAGUUGCGGAACUCCAGCAAUAUGCUCAGACUCAGCUAUGUUUCUAUAGCCAAUAAAUAAGCCAAUUUGAAUGUUUGAGUGUAUUUAGCUUCAUGGCUAGGCUAUCCCACGCCUACACCAAACCUUUGCUCACAAAGUAUUUAUUACCGAUAAGUGACAUUUUAAUUGAGUCACUCAAUCUGUGAAUAAGGGAGUCUUAACCAGAAAAGGAGACCUUUACCUGUUUCUAAAGUAAAAUGGGAGGGGACUGCCGAGGAAUGCAUCUAUGCACAUGGACUAGAUAUCCAAAUAUGCGACCCCAGGACAUCAAAAUAUAUUUGGGGGCAUUCCUUAUGCUGUACUUGGUGUUUUACACCGAAGCCACAGUCUCCAAGUCCUGUGAUAAAAAUUGCUUUUCUGGGAAAUGCAUCAAUGGAACUUGCGUCUGUGACCAAGGAUGGGUUGGAGCCCAGUGUCAACACUGUCAGGGAAGAUUCAAGUUAACAGAGCCAUCAGGUUCCCUCACAGAUGGACCUAUCAACUACAAGUACAAGACUAAGUGCACCUGGCUGAUCGAGAGCUACCCAAACGCUGUGCUCAGGUUGCGCUUCAACCAUUUUGCCACGGAAUGUAGCUGGGACCACAUGUACGUCUACGAUGGAGACUCCAUCUAUGCACCUCUGGUUGCAGUAUUCAGCGGUCUUGUUGUCCCGGAAACGAGAGGGAAUGAGACUGUUCCGGAAGUGGUAGCCACCUCUGGAUAUGCACUGUUGCACUUUUUCAGUGACGCUGCCUACAACCUGACUGGAUUCCACAUCUCCUACUCGGUCAACUCGUGCCCCAAUAACUGCUCCGGUCAUGGGAAGUGCAGCACAGGGAACUCCAUCGCCAGCCGGGUGUACUGCGAGUGUGAGAAGUACUGGAAGGGCGAGGCCUGUGACAUCCCCUACUGCAGGAACAACUGUGGCAGCCCCGACCAGGGCUACUGUGACCUUACUGGGGAGAAGAGCUGUGUCUGCAACGACAGCUGGCAAGGUCCAGACUGUGCUCUGUCAGUGCCAUCCACCGAGUCUUACUGGGUGAUGUCUAACGUCAAGCCCUUCAGCCAGUCCCUGGGCAGGGCCUCCCAUAAGGCUGUGGUCCAUGGGAAACUCAUGUGGGUCAUCGGAGGAUACAGCUUCAACUACAGCUCCUUCCACAUGGUGCUCAAUUAUAAUCUGGAAAGCAGCACUUGGGAUGUGGUGCCGAUCAAUAGUGGUCCUCUGCAGAGAUACGGCCAUUCUCUGGCUCUCUACCAGGACGACAUCUACAUGUACGGGGGGAAGCUGGAGGCUGGUUCAGGCAACGUGACAGACGAGCUGUGGGUCUUCAACAUCCCUAGUCGUACUUGGUCCCUGAAGAACCCCAGCAGCCUGGUCCAGGGACAGCCCUACGCCGUGGAGGGUCACUCCGCCCACCUGGCUGAACUGACCAAUGGGGAUGUGGUCAUGGUGGUUCUCUUCGGCUACUCCCCCGUCUACAGCUACAUCAGCAAAGUGCAGGAGUACAACAUCAGGACAAACUCCUGGCAGGUCCCUGAGACCAACGGGGCCAUCGUCCAGGGUGGCUAUGGCCACAGCAGUGUGUAUGACAGCUCCAGCAGGUGUGUGUACGUCCACGGGGGCUACAAGGCCCUGCCUGCCAACAAGUAUGGCCUGGUGGACGAACUGUAUCGCUAUGAGGUCCAGACACAGACUUGGAUGAUCCUGAGAGAGAGUGGUCUGGCGCGGUACCUCCACACAGCAGUGCUGAGCAGUGGGACUCUGCUGGUGUUUGGAGGAAACACCCACAACGACACGUCCCUCAGUAACGGAGCCAAGUGCUUCUCUGCUGACUUCCUGGCCUACGACAUGGCUUGUGAUGAAUGGAAAGUGCUGCCCAGACCAGAUCUCCAYCGUGACGUCAACCGCUUUGGCCACACCUCYGUCGUCAGCAAUGGGUCAAUGUAUGUGUUUGGUGGUUUCUCUGGUGUGCUGCUGAAUGACGUGCUGGUCUACACCCCUCCCAGCUGCCAGGCCUUCAGUGAGGAGCCGCGCUGUGCCAACGCCGGCCCUGGCAUCCGCUGUGUCUGGCUUAGGGACCACUGUGUCCCCUGGGACACCAGCCAGGCCAACGGCAGCGUGCCCGCUCCCUUCUGCCCUCCACGCACCAACAGUGCAGCCGAGAGAUGCUACAGGUUCUCCGACUGCGUCAGCUGCACUGCCAACACCAACGGCUGCCAGUGGUGUGAAGACAAGAAGUGCAUCUCUGCCUCCAACAACUGCACUGUGCUGACCCUGGAGCUAGCGCAGCAGCAUAGAGGUCCUCUGUCCCUGGCCCCUCCCCCUUCCAUGCUGUCUGAUCACCAGCUCUCUGUGUGGAAGCAAGGGGCCAAGAGGAUGGGACAUUCUGUGAGGAACUUCACCAAAUGCCAUGUGAGGAAUGAACAGAUCUGCAGCAAGCUGGUCAACUGUAAGAGUUGCUCCCUCAACCUCAACUGUCAAUGGGAGCUCCAGCAACAGGAGUGCCAUGCCAUCCCUGCUCAGCUCUGUGGAGAAGGCUGGCACCAUGUAGGGGAGGCAUGCCUGAGGAUCAACUCCAGCAGGGAGAGCUAUGACAAUGCCCAGCACUACUGUAAGAACCUGGACGGGAACAUAGCCUCCCUCACCACCCCCAAGCAGGUGGACUUUAUACUGGACGAGCUGCAGAAGUACCAGCUACAGGAGAAGUGAGCCCCAAYCAGAGUGCCCGUCCGUGUAAGACGCCUUGCUCCCUGCGCACCACCUGURCCAACUGCACCAGCCAGACCAUGGAGUGCAUGUGGUGCAGCAGCACCCAGCGCUGUGUGGACUCCAAYGCCUACGUCAUCUCCUUCCCCUACGGACAGUGUCUGGAGUGGCAGACUGGAGACUGCGCCUCUCAGAACUGUUCGGGCCUGAGGACGUGUGGCCAGUGUUUGGAUCAGGCAGAGUGUGGCUGGUGUGGAGACCCCACUAACACAGGGAAGGGCCAGUGUAUGGAGGGGUCAUACCGCGGGCCCAUGAAAAGCCCCUCCAGACAGCCCAGAGACAGGGAGAGGGACAGAGACAUGGUGCUGGAGCCUGGUCUGUGCCCCAAAGAUAAAGGGUUUGACUGGGCCUACAUCCACUGCCCUGCUUGUCAGUGUAACGGCCACAGUACGUGUGUGAACGGCAGUGCUUGUGAGCAGUGCAGGAACUUGACCACCGGACCGCAGUGCCAGACCUGCAUGCCUGGUUACCAUGGUGACCCCACUAACGGCGGGAAGUGCCAAGCCUGCAAGUGCAACGGGCAUGCCAAUCUGUGYCAGGUGUCGACGGGGAAAUGCUACUGCCAAACCAAGGGAAUCAAGGGAGACCAGUGCCAGCUUUGCGACUCCGAGAACCGUUACCUUGGCAACCCCCUCAGAGGAACGUGUUACUAUAACCUGCUGAUUGACUACCAGUUCACCUUCAGCCUUCUCCAGGAGGAUGACCACCACUACACCGCCAUCAACUUCAUGGCCACUCCUGAACAGAGCAACAAGAACUUGGACAUGUCGAUCAAUGCAUCCAACAACUUCAACCUCAACAUCACCUGGUCUAUUGGAUCAACAGCUGGCACCAUCUCUGGCGAAGAGGUACCCAUUGUGUCCAAGACCAAUAUCCAGGAACACAGAGACAGCUUCUCCUGUGAGAAGUUCAACUUCCGGGUCAACUCCAACAUCACCUUCUAUGUCUAUGUCAGCAACUUCUCCUGGCCAAUCAAGAUCCAGAUCGCCUUCUCCCAGCACAACAGCAUCAUGGACCUGGUGCAGUUUUUCGUCACCUUUUUCAGCUGUUUCCUGUCCCUUUUGCUGGUGGCGGCGGUGGUGUGGAAGGUCAAACAGACGUGCUGGGCGUCCAGGAGGAGAGAGCAGCUCAUGCGGGAGCGACAGCAGAUGGCCAGCCGUCCCUUUGCCUCGAUUGCUGUGGCGCUGGAUGUAGGUGUCGACCAGGAACAGGAAGAGCUGCUGCUGGGGCUGAUGGAGGGUGUGCCCAAGCCUAUAGCAGUGGAGCCAUGUUGGGGGAGCAGGGCCGGCGUACUGACCGUCCUCRUGUGUCUGCCCAGAGUCCCUUCAGGAAUACCCCCUCCUGGCCAGUCUGGCAUUGCCAUCGCCAGUGCCCUGAUCGACACCUCACAGCAGAAACCUGGAGACUUCAGAGACAAGUACCAUGGCCUGAAGAACCGUAAACCGCAUGCAGUAACGCAUCAGGGGACCUGUGUUUGAACCGCCUGACCGAAAGGGGAGCCUGAAAACACCUGAAAGGACCGCAAACGCUUCUGUUUUCUGACAAGUUCUUGCUCUCUUUUUACCCGUCUCUCAACAGCACGGCGUGCUGAAGUGAACCUGAUGAUAACGGAAGCCCUUUAUUGUGACGUUGAGUGUCCGCUUCGUGUGCCUCCUCACCUCCACACUCUGUAAUGGAGUUUAUCCAGAGUGACUUGUCUGCUCCCUGGUUGGGUCUCUGCCCAGCCCAGCUGGGGGGUUCUGCACAUCCCAUUGGCUCUCAGCCAGGAAGUUUCUAGUCUGCACUUCCUCCCUGUGGAUACAUCUCCUUAAGAGUUUAGGAGGAGCAGGUCGCCACUUGAGGUUUGACUGUCAUGUGACGUGAGUCUGAAAGAACAAUGCCAAGGGCCUCUUGCAGAUGAGAUAUGUGCUCAUUUUGAUACAAAGACAUUAGAGAGAAAAAAGCUCCCUCGUGUUUUCUGUUGUGUUUUCUUUUAAUGUAUGGUCUGCCCAAAUUCAAUCCAUGCUAAAUAAACAGAGCAGCAUAUGGGUCUAGAAUAACUUGACUUGACUAUAUGAUGGCCUCACUCUGAGUUAGAAUAUCCUGUGCUGAAAGACRGUUCUGAGUUCCUCACAGUAUGCACCAAGAGCCUUGACUUAGCCUACCAGCAGUAGAGUAUGUCACGGGCCAAUGAAGAAGUUGGAUGCAAAGAACAGCAAAAAAAGAAAGAAAACUUGUAUAUCAGAAACGAAACCUGCCUGUGUUUAUUAUGUUAAGGUCAUUGUCAAAGCGCAAUGGCAUGACAUGUAUUCUGGCAUUCAAAUGCAUGUCCUUUCCAUGUUUCAUAGCUGUGAUGUUUCAACAUAUUUCUCAUUAUCCGUCAACACAUAUCCUUUAUACAUAUCAAGGUUUAUUUAAUUAUAGAUUUAGAAUAUAAAAUACUAUUUUAAUUACUACUCAUAUUGUUUUAUUUUGCCAUCUUUUAUUGUGAAUGAUUGUGUUUCUAAUGAAAUGAUGAAGACAAUACGAUCAUAAAAGGUACUUAGUUCUAAUGUUUUCUUGUACAGUAUGUUAAUAAUUAAAAUWAUUAAAAAAUARAAAUAUUAAUUUAACCUAAAUCCAGGUCCAUUAAUUUGUUUUACACACUUACUCAGCUUCAAUCAUGCAAAUCGAUUCAGCCUAUAACAUUCUCAGGCCCUGUUCCAAAAUGCUACAUUCAUUUCCUUUCCUACUCUCUGGGAUUACUUCAAGGAAGAGAGGAAGGAAGCAUGAAUUUUUUCAAAGUAUCGAAAGAUAACCUCUGUCAGGGUGUGGGUCCUGUGGUUCCUUCAUCCCACAGUAUCAUAUGAAGAAAUCUUUUUUUGUUUCCAUUUUUAUAUUUCUUUUACUUAUUUUUGGCAUUUGGACAGUUUGACUGUUUUCUCUGUAUCACUUUGAAGUUCAUUGUGUUUACACUUUUAUCCGAAGCAUCCCAUGUUCUGUCGCAUUUUGUUCUGUCUUGUAAAUCAUUGUAAACGUAACCUAAUAAAUGGUUUACGCUUUUAAAUGUACAUAAGAAAUGUAUAAAUGUGAGAAACCUGAUGUUUUCCGUUUAGGUGAAUACUACAUGUAAUGUAUCUUACACCGAUCUGUUGAAAUGUGUAUGAAUGAAGAGCUGCUCACCUCAUUAUUUUCUUCAUAUGGGCAUAUUGUGUAAAGUUACAAAUAAACAUUUUGAUGCUUCUUCAUACUGUAA